AUGUCAACUAUUCGCGUGAGCAACUUUGCGAUCCUGUCGGAUCGCUCCACGGAGAUCCUGACCGCCGUGGAGUGCCUGAAGCCAGGACAGAAGGCGUGCUCGGCAGACAGCGAUGGCAACAUCGGCUCCGGCAACAGGGGCAAGAACAACUUUGGUACCAACAACAUUGGCAAUUCUAAUAUUGGUUACUAUGCCAAGUGCUACAAGAAUGAUGAUGAUUCUUGA